UUAUUAUUAUUAGUUUGUAAAAUCAUGUGACAAGACAAAAUGACAGACACCUGCAGAUAUUAAGUCACCGGCAUGUAAACUUUGUUGCUAGGUUGACGCCGACAUCCUAGCAGUUUACAAAAUCGAGAUGAGUGAUAAAGACUUUGCUCCACUUACUGCCGCAUGCGUUCGAUCUUUGAAUGAUAAACUUUACGAGAAAAGGAAAAGUGCUGCACUUGAAAUAGAACGUUUGGUGAGAGAUUUUGUCACCACAAACCAAGUUGACCAAAUCAAGCGAACACUGAAAGUUUUGGGAGGUGAUUUUGCAUACUCUCAAAAUCCGAACACACGCAAAGGUGGUCUUAUAGGCUUGGCAGCAGUAGCAAUUGGUCUUGGAAAGGAAUCGUGCACCCACAUCAAUGAACUUGUUCUGCCUGUUAUUGCCUGUUUCCAUGAUGUGGACAGUCGUGUACAGUAUUAUGCUUGUGAGGCUUUGUAUAACAUUGUCAAAGUGACAAGAGGAGCAGUGCUUCCCUUUUUCAACAAUAUAUUUGAUGGACUUAGCAAGUUAGCUGCACAUCCAGACCAGAAUGUGAAGAAUGGAGCAGAGCUGUUGGACAGACUGAUAAAGGACAUUGUUACAGAGAGCUCUUCCUUUGAUCUGGUUGCAUUUGUCCCUCUCCUGAGAGAGAGGAUAUACACCAGGAAUACAUUUGCACGGCAGUUUGUUGUUUCAUGGAUAGAAGUGUUGGAUGCGGUGCCAGACAUUAAUAUGUUGGUCCUGCUGCCAGAAAUACUGGAUGGCUUGUUUCUUAUAUUGGGAGAAGACAGCAGAGAAAUCCGAAAAAUGUGCCAAGGUGUGCUGGCUGAGUUUUUGGAAGGCAUAAAGAGGACUAAGAAUGGUGUCAACUACACUGCCAUGGCAAACAUUCUUAUUGUUCACAGUCAGAAUGCAGAUGACUUGAUUCAGUACACAGCCAUCACCUGGCUGAAAGAGUUUGUCAUUUUAUCUGGGCGCACUAUGCUUCCACAUAUGGCUGGCAUCUUGAAUGCUAUUCUACCCUGUCUGUCUUACACAGAUGAGGCACGCAAAAAGGUGAAGGAGGCUGCAGAGUCCCUGAAUAUAAGUCUGCGCAAGCUGGUGGAAGCGCAGGAUGAUCAGCCAACUCCCACUGUAGCAUAUGCUGGGGAUCACACCCUGGACUCAGCUCAUGAUAAACCAGAUGAUGAUGCUCAGAUUGCCGCUCCUGCAAUUGUUCAGCUGGAGAUUUUGUCUGUAAUCAAAGUCUUGCAGCGCCACCUAGGGCAUGACAGUAUUCAGACAAGAGUGGCUGUUCUGAAGUGGUUUAACCUGCUCUUAGUGAAAACACCAAACAAGACAUUCCGAUAUAUACAUGUGUUCUUCCAGCUUUUGAUGGAUGCCUUGACUGACCCAUCAGAUGAUGUGGUUCUUUUGGAUUUAGAAGUCCUUUCUGAAAUCUCUUCAAAUCCUGCUGGCCUUGGAUUGAGUCCUAAUCAAGAUGGUGAAGGCGAUAAAGGAGAGAGUGAAAGCACGUUACUCCCAAGUCCUGUGAAACAAAUUGUGGAGGCCAGGCAAGGGCUGAACCAGUACUUUACACGCUUUAUGGUACAGUUGAUGGCCUUGUUUAAACAAGAAAGACAGCUGCUAGACGACAGAGGCUCUUUUAUAAUAAGACAGUUGUCAGUGUACCUGAGUGCAGACGCCAUCUUCCGCAGCCUGGCAGAAAUUCUCAUUCUAGAGACAGAUGUUGAGUUUGCCUGCACCAUGGUGCAGACACUGAACACCAUACUGCUGACUUCUACAGAGCUGUAUGACCUCCGCUCACAACUCAAGGACCUGAAGACAGAGGAGAGCUGCACUUUGUUCUGCUGCUUAUAUCGCUGCUGGUGCCACAGUCCAAUAGCAACCAUGUCGCUGUGUUACCUCACUCAAAACUAUUCACAUGCCUGCCUUCUUCUGCAGUCAUUUGCUGAUCUUGAAGUUACUGUGGAUUUUCUGAAGGAAAUAGACAAACUGGUACAGUUGAUAGAGUCACCCAUUUUUGCAUAUUUGCGUCUGCAGCUUCUAGAUGCAGAGAAUAACCCGGACCUCAUUAAAAGUCUGUAUGGGCUGCUUAUGUUGUUACCACAGUCAGAAGCCUUUAAGUUGUUACGUUACCGUCUUGAGUGUAUUCCUCACUUCACCUUGUCGUCUUCCAUGCACAUGGGUGAUUCCAGGAAGAAACGAAAAGGUGAAGAACGUCCACUGGUAUCCAAAAUCAAGUUUGAUGAACUUUUACAGCACUUCCUAACAGUUCAGGCCAAACACAGAGAUGCAAAACGCAAGAAGCUGGCCUUCAGCAUAUCUGCCUUUAAAAAUCUUGACUUAAAAUAAUGUCAUUAUACCUAUGCUUUAGGUAGUUGGAAUUUUUAUUGUUUUGAUGCAUACAGUAGAAAAGAGUACAUUUGUAUAUGCAUGCAUGUAAGUUUUGUUUUCUUUUGGUGAGAAAUGUACCAUGUCUUUGUCCUACUUGAUCCUGCAAUGAUCAUGGUAUGUUGACUGGAUUGAGUAGGUAAGGACACUUAGCAUACAUCACUAGCCUUACUAAAACUAAUUUUACGUAUGGAAAAAAUUUUGCAUGCAUACACCUUUUAAAGAAGAUGUUAAAACAUAUCUGAGGCAUAACAAUAUUUUAUUGAAUACAUUUUACCUUUUUUUCUUAUUUAAAAUAUGGCCACUUAUGCACACAUAUUUGGCACUGACAUAUAACUUCACAACUAAUUAGCACCCUUUAUUGAACCAUAUUACCAGAUUAUGUCUCAUAUUGUUAUUAUUGCAUGUGGUGUGGGAGAUGAUGUCAUACUUGUUUGAUAUGGAUGGAUAAUUGUAUUAAUAUUUGUAGUUGUGUUAAGGUAAAUGCGAGAGAAGUGUCUGCCUUGGUGUUUUUCCUGAUGUGCAUUGCCUGUGAAAAACACUCCUUGCAAAUUUUCACUCUUGUUAUGUGAAGCAAACAGUUCUAUUAAAAGAUUAAAAUUUGA